UUUUAACUCGAAAGCUUGACAGGUUUUUUGUUAAAUUUUCUGUACUCUCUUCACGCCUCUCUCAUACCUCUGAGUAUAACAUUUAUGUAAGUCUCUGGAGAAAACUGGCAGCUUCCCUUAUCCUAAUUAACUAAAAUCUUUAACUAGCAGCUGUGGUAUUACUUGGUCCUGGUUAAGAGAGCUGUUCCUAUCCACAAGUUGUGUUUGAUUCCAAGAGAAAACCUUCAAAUGAAGUCCACAAGCAGUGUUCUAUUGGACUUGGAGGCAGAAAGCAAAAGCUCUUCCUCUUCCUUGGAAUCAAAACUUUUGUUCUGCAACGGAGGGAGUACUGAUCUCGGGUCACAAAUUUCCAAACUUAAUCCAAUUGUCAAGAAGCCUGAUAUCUCUUCAACUUCCCAGAGCCAAGUUCUAGACAAGGUCAAGAAUUUCCUGGGAGAGCUAUCAGAAGCGAAUAAAAAGCUAGAGGUUGAUGCAAAGGAAAAUCCUAAAAAAUAUGAUAUAGAAGAACUCAGUGGGGAGGAUUCAGAAUACAUAGAAAUGAAUUUAAUCUUGGGUGUUGCAGAGCUUUAUUCCUCUGAGGCUGUUGCUGCUGCUGAGUCUGCAAUAGCUCGUCAGCAACCAGUUAUUCCAUUAGCUUCAAGUAGUAGCGCGACUUAUGAAGAUAGCCAUGAUGUUGAUGACAGUAGCGACGAAGAUGAUUGUUGAGCUUUCAUUGGACUAUUGGUCCUUGGAGAAUUAGGUGUAGUGUUUAGUUUCAAGAAAUUAUUUGUGGCAUGUAGUUACUGUUUUGAUCGUGCUCAAAUGUGAUGCAAACCUUAGAAUUCCUUGUGAACAUUACAUUUCUGCCCCUCGACCCUUCCUAUCUCUAACGAGUCAAGGCACCAGGCACUCACAGCAUGGCUUCAUACUAAAUGAGGCUAAAAAUAUAAGCUGGUCCUUGUCACCCUUGAGACUAAAUGUUGUUUAGCACUUCACUUUAGAGAUAAGCUGGUCCUUGUCAUCUGUGUAUUGGAUCUCAAUCAUUUGUUACC